AUGAAUCUCCUGAUGCUGACCUUCAUGAUAUGUGGGUUACUAAAUCUGGUGACCAAAGCUGGCUGGUUUGUUGAAAGAUGCUGGAAGAAUGGUGUAGGACACUGCAGAAAACGAUGUUUACAUCUCGAAAGGUACAAACUUCUUUGUAUGAACAAGCUGUCAUGCUGCAUUCCCCUAAGCAGUGACGAUCCUUACACUCCAUGGCCAAUACAUCCCACAUUCGGUGAAGAUGUAACUUUUGGAUUUGGUACUCACGAUGGCUUUCCUUUUUCUCCCGUAUCUGGGUUUGAUGAUGAGGUAACAAUUAAAACAACUAAGACUCAAGAAACCACAGUAACUGGGACGACUGCUUCCGAGAGAGAUUCUACCCAGACUUUGACAACUAUUCCUCAGAGCGUUGAGGGUACAACAUUUUCUCAUGAGCCUGAGACAGCAGAUCUAUAUAAGCAUUGGGACUAA